AUGCCGCAGCCGGCGGGUGCGAGCUCCCGGCCAGCGCAGUCCCGUCACGGCUUCCCGGCCGGGGCGACCCUGAGACCUCGCAGCCAUCGGCGGGCCGUCAGUGGAGCAGGAGGAGGGACAAGCGCGCUCCGCGCCCCUCUGCUGGGGCGCCCGGCUCGGGCUGGGGCGACCGCGGGAGCUGCGCUCCGGCGGGGCGGGCAGAGGGUGGGAGCCGCGGGGGCACCACCCUGCACGGUCCGUGUGUCCGCAGGGCGCGGAGGAUGCGGCGGGACGGCAGGGCCCGCGCCGGAACUCCUCGUCGCUGAGGCACCGAGGAGGCUCCCGCGGCGCCGAGGAGAGGAUGCCGCUGGCGCUGCUGGCCCUGGCCGCCCUGGGGGCCGCCGCCGCCGUCGGGGAGAGCCGGGAAGAGGCGCAGGAGGGCCGGUUCUCCACGCCGGAGCAGCAGCGGUGCCGCUGGGAGCUGCGCUCGGCGCGGGGGCCAGCGAGCUGCUGCUGAGCUGCCGGGCUGCGGGCGGCGGGGCUGCGCGGAGCUGCACCUACCGCGGGGAGCCGCGGCGCUGCCCGGCCUACGGCACCCGCAGCCAUCAGUACUGGCGGCAGAUCCUGUCCCGGCUGCGGCGGCGGCUCCAUCCCUGCGCCCCGGGAGCGCCGCUCAGCGCCCGCCUGUGCGGACCGGGCCGGGCGCCGCCCGAGGCGCAGCUCCGCCUGCUACCCGACCCUGGCCCGGCCACGCCGGCCCCUGCCCCGCAGCCCACAGAGGACCCCGCGGAGACCUACUGCGCCGAGCGGUGGCACUCUCUGUGCAGCUUCUUCGUCGGCUUCUGGGAGGGCUGAGCUGCCCCGGCCCGCGGGAGGGAGCGGGUCUGCCCGUCCCCCGCGCCAGGACUCCCCCGGCAUCGCCUGCCUUCACCUACCGCCGCCACUGCCCCACUGACUCUGUCAGCUUUCCUCUU